GUUAUAUUAAACAGCAGAGAUAUUUAGUUCAGCUGUGGCUGCGAGCUGAAGGGGAAGAAAGAAGUGAGAAAAACAAGCUGGGUCUGUUAACCAGUGAGUUUGUUCUUUAGCGUUACCGUAGGCAACAUUUUUAGGUUAAACACUGAGUUUAAAGCUAGAAAAACCCAGUACUUUUUUUUUUUUGAAGAACCCAGCGACUCAAAGGAAAGAUGACCUCAGAAUACAGAAGCCUUCAUGACAACUAUGUUUCAAACAAAGGCAGGAGGACCAGCUGUGUGACAUUGGCUGUGAUUUUGGGCUGUCUGACUGUUCUCGGUGUUAUUCUUGCCAUCGCUGUGCUGGAGAGACCAACACCUAAAAACCAUGACACUCUUCCUGAGGACACUGGUGGGCUGAACCUCACUGACCAGUGCAGCAUGACCCUUGUGGAAAGUAUUCCUCUAUAUCUAAAAUAUGAAAGCAAUGCAACUUUUGGGAUCCCUCUGGAGCAAGCCUGGAAAGACCUUAUCUCCCAAGCAUCUCACAGCGUGAAUGUAGUCUCAUUCUACUGGACGUUAACAGGGGAGGACAUCAACGUCAACUCCUCCACUGAUAUUCCUGGAAAGGACAUCCUUCAAGCGCUUGGGGAACUUCCCUCCAGGAACAUAUCUGUGCGCGUGGUGAGCAGUGUUCCCACAGUCAAAACAAACUCCACAGAUCUAAAGAUCCUAAAACAGAAAGGAGUUCAGGUGAGAAGAGUAGAGUUUGGUCGCCUGACGGCAGGCGUCCUCCACACCAAGUUCUGGAUUGUUGACAUGAAGCAUGUGUUCAUUGGAAGUGCCAAUAUGGACUGGAGGGCUCUGACCCAGGUAAAGGAACUGGGAGUGGUGGUCUAUAAUUGUUCCAGGCUUGCGAUGGACCUUCAUAAGAUCUUCCAGUCCUAUUGGGUAAUGGGGAAACCCAACAGCUCCCUGCCACAACCUUGGCCUGCAAAUUAUUCCACUAACAUCAACAAACAGCACCCUCUGCUGGUAAAAGAGGGUAACAUCUCCAGCAGCCUUUACAUUGCUGGUUCUCCUCCAACUUUUUGUCCUCCAUCAAGGACUCAGGACCUGGAGGCGAUACUGUCCUCCAUCUCAGAGGCUGACAAAUUUGUUGAUGUUGCUGUCAUGGAGUAUUUCCCCACCACUCGAUUUGAAAAGCCUCACAAAUACUGGCCUUUCAUUGAUGAUGCCAUUAAGAUGGCUGUGUUUGAAAGGAAAGUGAAGAUCAGGAUGUUGAUCAGCUGUGGCCGUGAUUCUGAUCCAGCCAUGUUGCCCUUUCUUCAGUCUUUGGCUUCAAUGGAUUACCCUCUCCAUCACAUCAGCAUCCAAAUAAAACUGUACAUCGUCCCCGUGGGAAAUCAGUCUGAUAUUCCAUACACCAGAGUCAAUCAUAAUAAAUACAUGGUGACUGAUAAAGUUGCAUACGUAGGUACCUCCAACUGGGUGGGUGACUACUUUCUGACCACAGCUGGAGUGAGUCUGGUCAUUUCCCAGAACACUCCUCACUCUCCAGUGAACAAUAAGACCCUGUACCACCAGCUGAAGGACGUAUUCAACAGAGACUGGCACUCAGAAUUCGCUGUCCACCUCAGGGAUCUGGGACACAAUCCAGACUGUGCUCUAUCACCGAGAUGACUGAUGCUUUUAUCAAACAACUACAAAUAAUUUAUUUUGCUUUUAAUGCAACAUUUCCAUCGUAACUGUUGCUUUGCAUUGUUUUAUUUUCGGUAUCAGCAUUUUAUAUAAUUUUACUAAGUUUCUCUGAUGCUUUAGUUAAAGGUUCUAUUAGUUCCUUAUUGAUUUCUAUGCAUCUUUACCUGCAUUCCUUUUUUACUUCUCAAUAUAUGGAAAUAAUAUAUCACAUUCAGUCUAGUUCAGCUGCUAGAUUUUAAGUUAUUAGUUAGCUGUUUGUGUCAUAAACAUAGAUGGAGCUUUAUCAUAGCCUUUAGAUCUCAUUACUGUGUGAUUGCUGUUAACAUUUGCAAAAAAUCAAACGAUAGUGCCAGAAUUUAAGCCUGAGCUAAAGUAGGUUUGAGAAGACAAUUUCAUAGACGCAGCUACAGCUAUGAAAAUGUCUUUGUAGCUUUUGCUUAGCACAACAUAAGAUUUUACGUUAUUUUUCAUAGUUACCGUUAAACAGAAAUUAUAGAGAAACAUAACACAAUAAUUUAAAGGUUGAAAAUAUGCACAUUGUGAUAACUUUUGUUUUGUUAAAAGAAAAAAAUCUAUUCCUGCAGAACACAAACAUAUAUUGUAGCCAAGACUGACUCAUCUGUAUCUACUGUAAAAUCUUUUUAAAUAUUUUUCUCAGUAUUGCUGUAUGAUUUAUUGAUUUUCUCAACAUAGAAACUAUGAAAUGAUUCCCUGACAGCAUCUCUUGUAUGGAUAGAUACUGGAUAGAUAUAAAUGACAUCCGGCACCUCGUUCCCGACUCUAUUGGGUUUGUAAUAGAGCCAUAAAGGCCAUAAACCUGAAUGUUAGUCUCAUUGUAUGACAAUAAUAAGUAAAAAACCACGGUUUUGUAUGUAUAAUUAUGGUAUUAGCACUUUUUUUUUUAACAAAUGUAAAAUGGUGCAAUUUUUACAUUCAAAUUCAUUUUCUUUAAUACAAAAUACAAGGGAUCUCA